ACGACGAAGACCGCAUGCUAUGGUUGUUCGGAUAAUUUUCGAAUUCACGAUCUUAAAGUCAUAUGAUUCACAGCAAAUAUAGCAACUAAUAUCUCAAUUGGUAUUUUCCAAAGCCACGAAACGUGCAUUGAGUUUGGAGCGAUAUCUGAAGUGAAGAUUGAAGACGUGAUAGAAGAUGGACGACUACUGCUAUGCUAAGAUGGCGACGUCCGCUAAAAGAGAACAUGAAAGAGAAUCAGCGCCACCAACUUCCAGCAAAUCACCAACGGAGAUAAAGACGAAAGAUGAAGACGUCCAGCAGCUGAUCGGUGAUCCACAAGAAGUUUCCCCUCAGUUAGAGGGGAGCUCCACUUUGAAGCAGGAGACUCCACAACCACCCUGCAUUAAAAAGGAAGAGGAGGAACUCUGCAUCACUCAGGAGGGAGAGUGUCUUCUAGGACGAGAGGAAGCUGAUUACACCAAGUUUCCACUGAGUAUUCUCUCUGUGAAGACUGAAGAUGAUGAAGAGAAACCACAAGUAGACAACCUCUUAGCUCCACUAUCAGAUAGUGAGGCUGAAGACGAGGUUGAAGAACCUUUGAGCAGCGAUACAGACUGUGAAGGUGAUAUGAGGACUCACACUGACAACAAACACUCUGAAUGCUCUACAAAGAAGAGAGGUAAAACAUGUUUGAGCCGUUCAGUUUGUGUUGAAAGUUUUACUAAAAAGAGCCAUUUUAUUGAACACAUGACAACAAACACAGGUGAAAAAACAUUUAACUGUUCGAUUUGUGAUAAAAACUAUUCUUUACAGAGCAUUUUGACUAAACACAUGAAAUCACACACAGGUGAAAAACCAUUUAGUUGUUCAGUUUGUGGCAAAAGCUUUUCUCGAAAUAUCAAUUUGACUCAACACAUGAGAACACACACAGGUGAAAAACCAUUUAAUUGUUCAGUUUGUGGCUACAGCUUUUCUCAAAAUAGCCAUUUGACUCAACACAUGAGAACACAUACAGGUGAAAAACCAUUUAAUUGUUCAGUUUGUGGCUACAGCUUUUCUCAAAAUAUCAAUUUGACUCAACACAUGAGAACACACACAGGUGAAAAACCAUUUAGUUGUUCAGUUUGUGGCAAAAGCUAUUCUGUUAAGAGCACUUUAAUUGAACACAUGAGAACACACACAGGUGAAAAACCAUUUCGUUGUUCAGUUUGUGACAAAAGCUUUUCUGUUAAGAGAAAAUUGACUGACCACAUGAAAACACACACUGGACUAAAACCAUUUCGUUGUUCAGUUUGUGGUACAAGCUUUUUUUAUAACAGCUCUUUGUGUCGACACAUGAGAACACACGCUGGAGGAAAACCAUUUAAAUGUUAAGUGUGCUGAAAAAGGUUCUCACAUAAUGCAGACGCAGUGAAACACAUAAAAACACCCAAGGGAAAAUAGCCAAUAAGCUCUUUAGUUUGUGGUAUGUUGCUCAUAUGUGGUGACAUCCACCCUACCCAGGACCUCCUCACUGCUUCUUUCACAAAUAUCUGAGGUAUUCAUACAAACUUGGAUUAUUUGGAGCAUAAUCUUAUCCACUCAUGACCCCAUGUCUUCUUUGUAUCUGAAACCUUCCUGAACAGUAAGAUAGAUGAUGCUUCAAGUGCUUGGUUACUCCUUCUUCAGUCCAGGGACCUGGGGCCUCAUGUGUCAAGUUUGCACACGCUCAAAAACCUGCACUACACCCUUUUUCACUGCAAAGUUGAAGUGUAUCAAAACUGACAUAAUUAAAAUGCAGCAUGAGACACUGCACACUGAUAUAGUUCUGUGAAAAUGAUUGUCUUCUGUGCAAAUGUAAAGAAAGUGAACAGUGUGUGAUUUACUGCAAUACUGUCAGUCUUUUAACUUUUUAUUUGUGCUUUGUUGAAAUUGUUCACACAUUGCACUGCUUUUAUUUUUCUAUCAAUACACAUUAUGUCUAGAAGACAGGAAGUAACUCAACACUCUUGAAUAGUUUCUACCUCAGUUUGUAUGGUUUGUUGAGUUAGCACAGGAUUAAUAUGUGGAAAUGACAAAUGAGGUAGUUGAUACAUAGAAUAGUUUUUAUUCAUGCUUUAUUUAUUUUUUGUUCAAUCCUAGAUGGGUUGUGACUUAAAGUUUAAUUGCUUUGUAGAAACACUGAGAUUAAGUCUAAAUUCAUUGUGUUCUUCAAGGUGUUUUUGAAAAUGUACCUUUUUUUCCCUCUAAAUGUUUAACUAACUUGAAGUUUUUUGUCAAGAGGAUUAUUUGUGAUAUGUACAUUUUCACAAUGUGCUUGUUCUAUUUUGGGCCUAAGUAAAACAAAGAAAAGA